AUGUAUUUGCUCGAAUCCGAAAACAUAUCAAACAGUCCUUCUAUUAACGUUCCUUAUCCUCCUCCAAUUUCGGCCGGAGAGUUAAUAUUUCAUAAAAAAAAUGGUGAGGUUCCUGCCCGUGCACCAAAUGCAUUCUUGAUCUAUCGACGAGUCUAUGUUAAAGAAUUGCAAGCUAAAAAUUAUGCCUUUAAAAUGACCGAUGUUUCUUCUAUGGCAUCAUCUUCUUGGAAGUUGGAACCAGAUUGGGUGAAAGAUGAAUACUUGAGAAUUGCUGGUGAAGCUAAGAAUUUGCUCACAACUAUCCGCCAGAAAUCGUUAACGUUUUCACGCCGCAAAUCGCGAAUACAAAAUGGCUUAGAUAAGCCUCAAAAAACCCUUUCAACUUUACAAAAUAAACAAAUAUCUUUAGAGAACACUUUACCUUAUGCAGAAACUUCUACUGUCCAAAUUACUGAUUCUUCCAUGUCGAUGGACGAAUAUCCUACCCCACCAACAACUGUCGAUGAAUCUUUGAAUGAUUUCGAUACUAGGUUUGCCGAUGUCUCAUUUUUGAAUAACAUACUUGGAUCACUUCCUCUUUGCAAUGAUGAUUCUCCUCCUUUUACCGAUAAAAGGCCUGACGAAGGGAUUGUUCUACCCUUUGCUAAUUUUCCAUCUAUGAAUAUCACGUCUUCAGUAAUUGAUUUUAAUCAUGAAAUGACCUACUAUCAUUUAAUGUCUAAUUGGCAAUGA